AUGUGUCCUUCAGAUUGGUUUGCCUAUAUAAAACGUGACAGUGACGAAGAACAUCCAAAACCAUUCACAGAGGAUAAUAAUAGCACAUCACUUUUUAUUUUAUUUUCAAAUUCUUUACGAACUUUAGUGUUUUAUCGAAUGUGUAAUAAAGUUUAUAAUGAGAUAAAAAUAUUUCAAAUUAUUAGAGCAGUGGAGCCAAAUCCUGAAGAAGUGGAAAUGAUGGUUAUUUCUGAUAAAGAGGCAUUAAUAGUUUAG